AUGUACUUUUUCCAUGCCAUUAAGGAUGUAUCAGUCAGUUACUGCAGCUGUAAGCCCUUGGCAGAAGCAUUAAUUUUGAUGGGUAUGUUUCCUGCUUCGCCCACAGACCCCAAAAAUGCCAUUCAUUUGGGUUUGUUGGGCUAUUUUAAUGAAGUUCGAAACACCUUGAAGUCUUCUUCUGAGGGUAUUACAAAGUUGUAUAACAACUUGCAAGGAAAUCCACUGACAUCCUUGUCAGUGAACAACUUCCGGACCGUAUUCAACUUGUACAACAAGGUCAUUUUGUUGACAGAAGAAAUGGUGAACGAUCGAUCUUUGUUGAAAGAUCAGGCGAUGUGCUGUCCUGCUUGUCCUAGUAGGGACUCCAUCCACCCAAUGGAUCGCAUUUUCAUUACUAUGGAUGGGUGCUUUAGUAUGAAAUGUAAGUCGAAAGCAAGUCCUCUUGAUCAACUUAAUUUGGUCAACACCGUGGAGAACGCUUGGGUGAAGCCUGAAUGUGUUGAGCUUUAUAAGAAGGAAAAAGCUCCUAAAGACGCUCUCAUGAAUGAGAACACAUUCAGAGCUGCAGGUAAUGGCGCCUCAUACAAGUCAAAGUUGUAUCCCGUAAAAGGAAUUUUUACGGCUUCAUGCGCGCGCCAUGACCUCACCCUAAAGAUGGUGGAUAUGGAUAGUGGUGAAGGAUUCAAAUAUCCACUAUCUGUUCUCCACGAGCUGUUUCAGGAGGACAAGGACAGCAUUAAGACGCCAGUAAACUUGAUGUAUGAUAUCAUUUGUGUCUUGGAGAAGUCGUAG